ACACUUUACACAUCAUAUGGCUCCGACAAAAGUGAAGACGGAGGAGCCCGAGCUUCCACCGCAGAAAGUGCAUCUUCUCCGAGACGUGGUGCCUCCCACAGACCUCGAUCCUAUCUAUUCCAACUACCAGACUGGGGUACCAAUAGCACUUGAUAUUGGCUGUUCCAGCUUCAAAAUUGGUCUCACGAAUUCGCCGGAACCACACAACAUCUUUCCAUCAGUAGCUGCACGCUACCGGGACAGAAAGGCAUUGAAAACUCUUACUCUUGCCGGAAAAGAUGUCUACAGAGACUCACUAGUCAGAUCCUCCAUUAAGACACCCUUCGAUGGACCCCUCGUGACCAACUGGGACUACAUGGAGGUUUUACUCGACUAUUCCUUGGCCCAUUUGGGUGUUGUUGGCGAUAAUGGAAGGCUUAAUAACCCUCUCAUCUUGACGGAACCAGUAGGAGUACCGUUCUCACAGCGUAAGAACAUGUAUGAAAUUCUAUUUGAGGCGUACCAAGCACCCAAAGUGACAUUUGGAAUCGACUCAUUAUUUUCAUUCUACGCUAACUCAACUUCAUCUACAGCUAGUGGUCUUGUAAUUGGCACUGGGCACGAACUGACUCACGUCAUCCCAGUUCUCCAUGGUAAAGGUAUUCUUUCACAAACGAAGAGAAUCGACUUUGGGGGCCAUCAGGCUGAGCAGUUCCUCGGAAAGUUGUUGCUGCUAAAGUAUCCCUACUUCCCCUCUAAAUUAAAUGCUCAUCAUACAUCCAACUUAUUCCGUGAUUUCUGCUACGUUCUGAAAGACUACCAGGAAGAAAUAGAUCAUAUUUUGGAUAUGGACAAGUUGGAAGAGGCAGAUAUUAUAGUCCAGGCACCUGUAGAGAUCAAUGUAGGAACUGAAAAGAAGAAACUGGAGGAAGAAUUGGCUCGUCAGGCUGCUAAACGUAGAGAACAGGGAAAGAGAUUGCAAGAGCAAGCCCAACAGAAACGGUUGGAGAAAUUGAUCCAAAAACAAGAGGAAUGGGACUAUUACUCGAAGUUCAGAGAGGAAUCUGAAAAGCUCAAUAAGCUGGAACUACAGGCCCGUUUAGAAACUGAUGGCUUUGACGAUCUCGCUGACUUCAACAAAUAUAUGUCUGGAUUGGAGAAGUCGUUAAAAAAGGCACAUGAUCAAGACAUUGGAGAAGGAGAUAACCAUGAGGUAGAUCCAGCCAGCGCUUGGCCACUUUUAGAUACACCUGAUGACCAAUUGACUGAAGAGCAGAUCAAGGAAAAGAGAAAGCAGAGGCUCCACAAAGCCAAUUACGAUGCCAGGGAGCGUUCAAAGGAGUUAAAGAGACAGCAGGAAGAAGAAAAGGCGCAAUACGAACGUGAACAGCAAGAAUGGAGAGAAAAGGAUUUGGAAGACUGGUGUAACGUCAAGCGAAUCCACUUGGCUGGCUUAAUAAGUAAAUACAAAGAGAGUAUAAAACUUUUGGAAUCUUUCAAAGAUAGAAAAUCUGCUGCUGCACAACAAAGAAUGAAAAACAUCGCCGAUUUGGCGAACGAUGAGAGCGGAUCGACCUCCGCUGCUUCAAGAAAGAGAAGAAGAAAUGCCAACUCUACUAUCGACAACGACCCCAACGACACGUUUGGUGCGAAUGAUGACGAUUGGGCAGUUUACAGAGAUAUCAGCAAUCAGAAAAUUGAAGAAGAACUAGGUGAAACCAACCAGGAAAUCUUGAGUUUGGAAGAGGAGCUCUUAAAAUUCGAUCCUAACUUCCAUCACGAAGAUACAUUCGCUGCUUCUCAAACAUUUGACUGGAGAAAUCUGGUUUUGCACAAAUUCAUCCAUGGGCCACGUCAAAAUAUCACGAUAGCCAUGCAGGCAGAGGGCAUUAACCCAGAUGAAAUCGACAAUCACCCCGAGAUCAUUCGUAAGAACCAUCAGAUCCAUGUAAAUGUAGAGAGAAUACGUGUACCAGAGAUUUUGUUCCAGCCUCAUAUCGCUGGGCUUGACCAGGCUGGUAUCUCAGAGAUUCUGAGCGAUUUGUUGAAUAGGAGCUUUGGUUCCAGUUUUUAUGAAGGUGGUGACUCUCUCAACUUAAUCCGAGAUGUAUUUGUAACAGGUGGUUUAGCCCAUUUACCUAACUUUACCACCAGAGUCACCAACGAUUUUACAAGUUUCUUGCCUGUUGGUGCUCCUAUUCGUGUACGUACUGCCAGAGACCCUAUUGGAGAUUCCUGGAGAGGAAUGCAGAAAUGGGCAUCCAGUGAAGAAUGCGAAAACAGCUACAUUUCUAAGGCAGAUUACGAAGAGUAUGGCCCAGAGUAUAUCAAGGAACACGGACUUGGUAAUGUUAGCUUACGGUAA